AUGCAGAGCUCAGACAAUGUUUUGCGACAACGACGUGGCCCAAACUUGACUGAAACAUUAGAAAAAUUUGAUGUAUUUGAUAAAGUACAUGAAGAAACCAAAGAAGAGAAAAGGACAUCUUCUGGAAUAAUAUCUGUAAUAUGCUUUUCUAUCAUAACAGUUUUGGUAUUAGCUGAUACUUGGGAUUUACUGUUUAGUAAAGCCAAAUUCAACUAUACGUUUACAGUAGAUACGGAUAUGGAAAUUGAACCAUCGUUGAAUUUUGAUAUGAUGCUGGCAUCACCUUGUAGUACUGUACACAUGAUAUCAUCAUUUAGACCGGCUGAACAGUCCGAAGGCAUUAAAAAAGAUCCUUCUAGGUUUGAGUUCACGGAAGAAGAAAGUUUAUAUUGGACUGUCUUACGACAUGCACAUGCGAGCAUAAUGGAGAAGGGCAAGAGAGGAAUAGAAGAUAUUCUAUACAUUGACAGUGAU